UCCUUCCCAUCAGGCAUGUCAGCACAGCCACAAGCUACGACAAGUACCGCGGUCAUGUCAGAUGGCGCGCAGGCGGUCCCGGGCGGCACAGAUGCCGAGCGCUCCGCUACGCCGGGCCGGAGUCCCAUACAGGCCACCAAUCCUGGCACACCGGCAUGGAACGAAGAUUCCAGCAGUAACUAUGCUCCCAGCUCUGUGGUCAGUAACGAUGAUGAGAACUCCAGAGCCAGCUUUAUCAGCGGUGUGGAGCUGUCAGGAGCUGCAGACAGUCAGGACAGGACCCGGACAGACGACAGCAACAGUGGAUCACUCAACACUGGCUGUGAUACAAGUGGGGAGGACAAGACUUCAGACCAGCCACAGGGCAGUGCUCUACAGACGUCGCAGGACACAGAAAACGGCGGCCCGCCCGCCAAACGCUCCAGAACAGACGACGCCAUGUUCUCUUCCUCAACUUGACCUUCUCAAGGUCAUCCUUUCCAAGGUUAUUCUGCAUCUUAGGAGAGCCACCUUGUACCUCCAAGACCCACACUUGAGACUUAUAUCUUCAUAAGGACUGAGAACUUCAAAGAAAAAAGGGGUUUUGUCAUCUUUUACCUCUGCCAAGGAAGAGUACAGUAAGAUGUCAGAGUCAGUAAGAUGUCAGAGUGUGUUUAUGUCCAGAUUCUUA